CCACCCGGGGCACCCCCGGCCCCUGCCACCCCCUUGGGGCACCCCCGGCCCCUGGCACCCCCCCCGGGGCACCCCCGGCCCCUGCCACCCCCCCUGGGGCACCCCCGGCCCCUGCCACUCCUCUCACCCCAUCCAUCCUCACCCCCACUGCUCUCACCCCAUCUAUC